UCACGUGCCGCGGGCGGCAAGAGCGGAGUGAUACGUCAAGGAGGAUUCCGGUCUCUCCCGGCUUUGUUGGACACAUCUGGUGGCAAUUCGUGUACUUUUCAGGCGGAUUUCACUCGUAGGGAACUGUAAAAAAUGUCUUGGCAAGCGUACGUUGACAACCAGAUCUGUGCCCAAGUGACCUGCAAAGUCGCGGCUAUUGCUGGACUAAGCGACGGGGCAGUAUGGGCAAAAUACGAGAAGGACCCCAGCGUUACGGUAACGCAGCAGGAGCUGAAAACCAUUGCAGAUACAAUGAGGACCAAUCCUUGCGCUUUCAAUGAGAAUGGGGUCCACGUCGGAGGCGAGAAGUACUUCUGCUUGAGCGCCGAGAACACCCUUGUCCGUGGCCGAAAAGGCAGCGCCGCAAUGAUUGCCGUAGCGACAAACACUUGCCUCCUCGUGGUGGCUACCAUUGACGGCUUUCCCCCUGGCCAGCUGAACACUGUCGUCGAGAAGCUAGGAGACUACUUGAGGUCAAAUAAUUAUUAGUUUUACAAAGUUGGGCCACAGAAAAAUUGUGCGACCUCCUCUCCCACUGGCCUCCUUGCCCUCGAACAAGUGAUUUCUUCUAAUCUUCGUACAGCGCUGUGAAAUGUCCCGAGCCGAUGAUGAGCAGGAUGUGUGUGCAUUCUCCUCACUUUCAGGGGAGGUGUUUUCAGUGGUAACACAUUUUUUUUCUGAGGAAAAAAAAAGUUUGAGAAAAACAUGAAAUGUGUACAUGAACUCUUCGCAAGUGGGAGGCAUAAUCUGCUGUUCUUCUUCUUUUUUUAGGGGGGGAAAUUGUCUGUUGCUAGCGCAUUGAUUUUAAAGUGCCCACAUACACACGCGCGUGAACCUUAAAUUAUUCACCAGUCGGUACGAUUGAAUUUUUUGAAAUUUUUGUACUUAAAAUCAUUUGGUCCUGUGUUUCUGUCCUUUGCGACUGGGUACGAUUAAAUGGUUUUUUUGUUUGAAACUGG